CUAUAUAAACACUUUAUAUUGUUUUUGUUCCUUUCACAUAAACAUAAUAAACCCAUUCAAAGAUCUUUUUUUCUUUCUUCUUUUAACAAUUCGUUGUGAAUUGUGAUAAUGAAUUCGAUGUUUAGUGCCUUUGACGCCAUGUGUGUUGAGAUUAUGGGGAAGAAAGUUACCGCUGAUCCUUAUGUCCACCGCUCUGAACGCAACGCUACUUCUUCUUGCGGCCGUGGCGGCGGUCAAAACGCGUCUUUCUCAGCCAAGAAAGAUGAAAAAGCUUCCAAGAACAUGGAUUUGGCGACCAAGACACCGAGGUUUGCUGUUGAGCUCGAUGGCCUUCAUUGCUUCGAGACCAUAGUUCGUUCUUGAUCACAAAAUCAAGAUUUUACGAUUUCUUUUUUUUUUUUUGGUUUUGUUUUCGAUAAUUCUCGUAUGUAAAUACAAUUUUGGAAUUAUUCAAUUUCUUGAUGCGAAUCAUCCUUCAUAGUGAUUGAUUCAUUGGUUUGAUUGCAAAUUGCUCUUGUCUCGUUUUAUUAAUUCAUGAAUUUGUAUUAAAGAAAAGAAUGAUUUUUU